AUGCUAAAUAUCUACAAUAUUCGGGGAGUUGCUGAUUUACUUGUAGAAAACCAAGACGGAAAAAUUAUCAUUGUUGAAAUAAAAACUGGAAAUUUAAGAGAUAGUUUUUACAUUUAUCCGGUUUUAUAUUGGAUGAUGUUCAAAGAGAGAUUUUCUCUUGAAGAUUAUGUGGAGGUUUGGUGCUCAAAAUCGAACUGCAGAAUAAAAAUUGACAUCGACUAUCAAAAGGUGUCUUAUUUGAUACAUAUUAGGAAUGUGACUUCAUAUACCAAGAAGAAUAAGGUUAUCCCCAAAAUCAUAUACGACAGAAAAAAAUGUUCCGUAUGCUUUGAAAAUGACAUAUGUCACAAACUUGAUAGGGUUGCUACCAAUUCAGUUUUUUUCCAAACCAUGACUAAUGAAUUUGAAGUGGAAUGCGAAGAAGAACAUACUACAAUUCAGAAUGCAGAUGUCGUAACUUUAACCAACAAUCAGUCCAAAAUUAUUAUAGGAGACAAAGUUAAGGUUAGCAAUAAAGUUAUUAUAUUGAAUAAAAGUGGAAGAGAACUUGGAGUUUUCACACAGCCUGUUGUUGGAAAAAACUUCAUCAUAAUUAAUGAUAUAAUUAAAUUGUCGAAAGUUAAUGUGAAGAGUAUAGUUCAAAUUCAUUUUUUAAAGUUCAUUUGGAAAGAAAUUUUUACAGCCAGCAAAAAGAUUCUUGACAAUAAUCUCAACGAACUUCCAAUAAAUCUCAACAGAAUUAUGCUAACUGUUUCAAUUGAUACACUGAUAUCCUACAAUGAAGUUAAAGACUCGAUGAAGACGCGCUUUGCAAACGAAGAAGAUGUUCUAGUCUGCGGGGUAACAAACGAUUCUAUUAAUCAAUGGGUUAAUAAAUUUGAUGAAGAUCUAUCAAAUCAUACUAUUCAAGGGAGAACUAUUUUUUCGUUAUUAACAACCAAAUGUGAUUACGAUAUGAUUAUUGUUUUAGAUGCUUCGAUAAUUCCGUUUUUAGUUGGCCUGGCUGUUUUCGUCCGAUGCAAGAAUUUAAUACUUGUCGGUAAUUAUCACCAACAGAUCCCAAAGUUCUUGGAUGUUUUCAAAACCAAAUGUGUGUUAUUUGACAAGGUUAAUGAAUUUGUGGAAUCUUCCACACCAAUAGCGCAAACUAUUAUGCUGUCAAAAAUAGUGGAAUUUUUCAACUUAACGUCUAAUAUAAUAAAAUUUUCUCCAAGUUCUGAUACUGAUUGGUCAUGUAUUGAUAUACCACUAACAAACAUUGAUGCAUAUACCAAAAAGGGGUUUGAUAAUUAUUGGUUGGCUGAUAUGCUCCAGAAACAAAUUAUAUUUCUAGAAACAACUAAUAUUAGAAUGGGGGAGGAGCUUCCAGACCAGGUAAAAAUAUCCCUUAUCAGAACAAUUAUUGAUAGUUUGAUUUCAGUCAAUAUGAGUAAAGAAAAAAUAGGUAUAUCCAGUGUUGGGGGUUACAUGUACCCAUCGUUGAAUUCCAAGGUUGACAUUUUCCCAUACAGACCUCAAAUCAAAGAUAUCAUGAUUAUAUGCUUCUUUGAAUUCAAUCAGUAUAAUUACAAGAGUAAAGAAGAUAAAUAUAAUAUGGUGAUGAAUGCUAUUAGUUCCACGAAGGAUCGCCUAAUAAUGUUAGGCAGCCUCCAAAGUAUCAAAUCCAAUAAUCAUUUCAACAAAUUAGUAGACGUCAUUGAAAGAAGUGGGAUUUAUUAUGAGUUGCCAGUUGGUGCAAAUUUGAUGUAUGAUUUUAGUUAG